GCAGUUAAAAUGAAACUCUAGUGGUUGGAGCCAGGGCAGAGCGUGAGGGGAGCCGGCGCCGUGGUGGUUACCUUUACUACUCCGGCACAGUCGAGCUGACUGGACUCUCCAAGGGGUCGCCAUCCCGAAGCUGCGGAAGCUUGGGUUCCCAGCCUGACGCGAAUAGAGCCCGAGUCCCAAUCCCAGAGGGAAUCGCUCUCCGCAGACCAGUGGGACCCCGAAACUUGAACGCAAACCCCCUUUUCAAGCCUUUGUCACUUCCCCAGCUUUCUCCCAACGCGUUCUUUUUUUUUUCCCCUUCCUCUCCAUUCUCUCUUCUCCGAAGGACACAAAAGUGGCUUCCGCUGAAAGAUUAGGAGGCGUUGGGAGCUUUUCUCUUUGGAGAGCGAUUGUGUAGGAAGGAUUUUCGGGAAGCUGCUUUUUAACACCACUGCUCUUUGCUUUCCGAGCUUCCCUGUAACCCUCUGAGGUAAAAACCCCGUAGCUUGAAAGUUCGGGGUAUUUUGUUGGGUGCUUUAGGAGGAGAGAAGAGGAGGACCUUGUCCUUAUCCCAGUAGUUUGGCUGGACUUGUACUGGCCGUUGGAAACCCCCAAGUACAUUUCCGUGUGGAACUUUUGCAAAUAUAUAUUUAGAUUUUUAAAUAUCAGAUAAAAGAUAUAUAUGCUUUUUAUAUAUUUCCUGACGACCUGCCGCUGACAGCGCGAUGUACAAUACGGUGUGGAGUAUGGACCGCGAUGACGCAGACUGGAGGGAGGUGAUGAUGCCCUAUUCGACAGAACUGAUAUUUUAUAUUGAAAUGGAUCCUCCAGCUCUUCCACCAAAGCCACCUAAGCCAAUGACUCCAGCAGUUACAAAUGGAAUGAAGGACAGUUUCGUUUCUCUUCAAGAUGCAGAGUGGUACUGGGGAGAUGUUUCCAGGGAAGAGGUAAAUGACAAAUUGCGGGACAUGCCAGAUGGUACCUUCUUAGUUCGUGAUGCCUCAACGAAAAUGCAGGGGGAUUAUACAUUGACUUUGAGGAAGGGAGGAAAUAAUAAAUUAAUAAAGAUCUAUCAUCGGGAUGGUAAAUAUGGCUUCUCUGAGCCCCUGACGUUUACUUCUGUGGUGGAGCUUAUUAACCACUAUCACCACGAGUCUCUCGCUCAGUACAAUCCCAAACUCGACGUGAAGCUGACAUACCCAGUAUCCAGAUACCAACAGGAUCAGUUGGUAAAAGAAGAUAACAUUGAUGCAGUAGGUAAAAAUCUGCAGGAGUUCCACUCUCAAUAUCAGGAGAAGAGCAAAGAGUAUGACAGGCUGUAUGAAGAGUACACAAGGACAUCACAGGAAAUACAAAUGAAGAGGACUGCCAUUGAAGCCUUUAAUGAAACAAUUAAGAUAUUUGAGGAGCAGUGUCAUACCCAGGAACAACACAGUAAAGACUAUAUCGAGCGGUUUCGCAGGGAGGGGAAUGAGAAGGAGAUUGAGCGAAUUAUGAUGAAUUAUGAUAAAUUGAAAUCACGUCUUGGUGAGAUUCAUGAUAGCAAAGUGCGUCUUGAACAGGACUUGAAGAAACAAGCUUUGGACAACCGGGAAAUAGAUAAAAAAAUGAAUAGCAUCAAACCAGACCUGAUCCAGCUGCGUAAGAUCCGGGACCAGCACCUUGUAUGGCUCAAUCACAGGGGAGUGAGGCAGAGACGCCUGAAUGCCUGGCUGGGGAUCAAGAAUGAGGACUCAGAUGAAAGCUAUUUUAUCAAUGAGGAAGAUGAGAACCUGCCGCAUUAUGAUGAGAAAACCUGGUUUGUGGAGGACAUCAACCGAGUACAAGCAGAGGACCUGCUUUAUGGGAAACCAGAUGGCGCAUUCUUAAUCCGUGAGAGUAGCAAGAAAGGAUGUUACGCGUGUUCUGUGGUUGCAGACGGGGAAGUGAAGCACUGUGUCAUCUACAGCACGGCUCGAGGAUAUGGCUUUGCAGAACCCUACAACCUGUACAGCUCACUGAAGGAGCUGGUGCUCCAUUACCAGCAGACAUCCCUGGUUCAGCACAACGACUCCCUCAACGUCAGGCUCGCCUACCCUGUCCAUGCACAGAUGCCUGCGCUCUGCAGAUAAGCAGAGUGGAAGAGACACGCUCUCUAGCAGUUUUUUUCCUAUGGUUUUUAUUAGGCUACGAUGAGGGCAUUCUUUCAACGUAGACUGCUUGUUUUGCACAAGUGAUUCUGUGAAUGUGAAAUGGAGAGGCCAAGCAGUAGCUUGGAUUUAGAGAGAAAUGAGGGGCCCAGGGUCUCUGGCCUCGGCUGUGCUGCUGCACUGAUGGACUAAGCUGGAAGCAGAUACUGGUUUCAUGGGGUUUGGGUUUGUUGUCAGGCACCUUUAAAAGAACAGCUAAGGCUUGUUGUGGGUUGGGGUGGGGGUUUUAUUUGGAAGUUUCUGAAGAGUCCACAUCCCUUUGUCCUCAACCCUAAGAACGCAGCAGGUCACAGUUCUGCUGGGAGUUGUUUUGAUUUGAUAGUCUCUUCCCCUUUCCCCCAAAUAAAGAGCCGAUUUUGGCUCUGCGGUAAAAUGGGAUUUGGUUUGGAGGGAAAAACAACCAAAGGAAAAUAGGGAGGUAUGCGAUUACAUUUUCAGAAUCUAAACCAAGGAGGCAAAAGACCCCUUCAGUUGUGUUACUUUAAUUUUAUCAACAUAAUCUAGGCUUCAGCAUCUUCACCAGCUCCUCCCUCUAAAGCACUGUGUUCAAAAACCAACAAAGCAGCAUUGCCAGACCAAGGUCUAAGGGGAGGACAGCAGUAGCUGAAUGUACACGUCUGUACCAAAACUUGAAAGAAGACUAGAAAUGUGAGUUCAACAAACACUAAAAUUGGUCAGUGUGUUUCCUUUUGCCCUGGCCUUGUUUCUCAGAUGAGGAAUAGAAUUAUUUUGUGGAAAUAGUAAGCUUUGAGUCAUAAUGAAGUUGGUGCUUGUGUGGUGUUUCUUUAAAGAAAUGUUUGAAACCCUUGUAAGUUGUUUUAUGAGUAAAGAAACGGUGCAAUCCAGUGCUUUUAGAUGGCUUGAUAUACCAAAUAACGAUAGAGAACAACAUUGUUGUGUGCUUCCUCAAGUUUAAAAGCCUUGCCAAAACUAUACAAGGAUUAAUUUGCCUUCAUCUCCCCUUCCUUUUUUGGAUAGGGUUUAGGGAGCCAUAGGUAGCUAAAGGAGGACUUGAGUUUGUGGUCAGAGACCUCAGUAAAUCACAGGCACACGAGCCCUGGUAUCCAUGGUGAAGGGUCCAUCACAUGACAUGUUAUUCAAUACUGUGCUUGAAGCAUUUGCCAGAAGAGGGGAUAACGUGGAGUUCAAACUAUCUGGGAAAUAAUCCACAGGCUUUCCUGCUUGCCCUUUUUGUGAGCCCGCUGUCAAGGCAGUGUGCACAGCCUGCUCCCAUGCUUCCAUGGCUGUGGUUUAAGCCUUCCAGCUAAGUGAAGUUAGACAGAGGAGAGGGCAGGCAUCUAUUUAUGGAUUCACACUCAUUUAAGAGUUCAGCUGCUUCAGAGUCAGUUCUGGAGCCAUAACAGGCUCAGUAUGACUCAGCUGCUUGAGCCCAGUAAUGUGCAGUCAGGCAGUUUAGACAAGCAGCCUGUGCCUGGGUCAUCAGGCUUACAAUCAGGGAAGAUGAAGUUUGGGGGCCAAAAUAAAGAUGAAUAUGACUUUCCCUGAGUACUUCCUUUGGUGACAGUGUCUAGAAUGAACCACAGUAUAGAGAUAGGUCAAAAGUUUUGGAUAAUUGUUGUCACAGUUGAUAGGGCAUGCCAUUGAUGGCUUUUUCUUGUUCAUGCUCCAGUGUGAAAGAGAGGAGAUUGACCACCCUCAGCCACUGUGUAAGGCCUUUUUCCAAAAUUGCCAGCUUAAAAUCUUGCUCAGUUUACCAAGUAAUGCCAGGCUAUUUGUUGAUUGGAAUACCUGUGUGACUGUACUGAUGUUGAACUUGCUGAAGCAGUUAUAUGCUCAAGAUUGGGUGUGAGGAGUCCCUCUGAUCCAGCACUAAAAUUUUAGUAUGUCCUGAAUGCCUUUUUUAAAGAAAUCUCUUCCAAGUAGGUCAAAAUGAUAAAAUAUACAGCUUUAGUGUUGAACACUGUCUUUACCUUGUAGGCAGACAUGGAAGAUAUGCAGGAGAAAGCAGCAUCUUAGCAUCUACACCUGGGCUGGACAAUGGAGAAAGGCGGGUUUUCAGUCCUAUAUUCUUUGCCUUUGAGUAACCACUUUGUGGGAGCUGAGACCAGGGAUCAUUUAAUAAAUUGGAAGCUAUCUUUUUUUUUUUUUUCUGCCAAGUUACUACAUGAUUUAUCUGAUCCUGAGCUGUGGAAAUGGCAUGAGGAGCAGUCUCCUAACAGUGGCCCUGCUGUCUGAGGGAGUCUGGAAGCAGGUAUUGGUCUUCUUCCCAAGGCUAGCUCAAAGUUCUGUCUCAUGAGCUAGGCCCUGGGACUAUCUCUUUUGGCAUCUUAACUGUAGACUCAUUGACUAAAGCAGAGGCUAGAGACAGAUUAAGACCAUAGGGGCAGAUCAGCCAGUCCCCAACAGGAAAGCAGCUUUGGGUUGGCUAGAUACAUUUUUUAAAAAUAAAACAAAACGAAGCUGUUUCCACCUGGCAUAGUCAGCUUAGGUAGGUUGUUUAUGUUCUUGUCACUGCUCCAGCAAUAGAUGAAGACAUACUACAGCUCCACACUAAGACACAAGCUCUCCACAUUUACUUCAGACUCAAGCCCAUGUGGCAUCUUCCUUGUGUCCCUUCUCUGCAAGGUACCAGCUUCACCCAUUCUCCAGAACUUUAAGAAAAAAUGUACUUGAACAAUUUCUGAUUUCUAGGAUGAUCUCUACUGCCAGUUAGAUCUUCUUGAGGUUUCCAUGACAUCAUACACCAGAGGUCCAUUCUUGGUCCUUUGCUGCCAACUGCUCAUUCUUGACUUAGCUCUAGCCAUUUGUGACAACCACCCUUGUUUCCUUACAAAUCCUCGCAUGUAACUUUGGUACUUUGUUGUUUCUUGUGAAGAAUCUAUUCUGUUGUCUUUGAUGUAAUAAAAAAAAUUCAUGUAGUUUAUGUAAAAAUAACUGACUCAGAAGGAAGCCAACUGUGUCUUGUGUUGGAACAAUUCAUAAUGUAAUUUCUAGACCACUUUUGCAAAUUGUUCUUGUCACCAAAUGUGUUCAGACAUUGCUGUGCAGUUGUGGGGAAGGGGUGGGGGGAAGGUAAGGUGAGAACAUUGUUGGGGCUUUUUCUUUUUUUUAACCUUCUCCAAGACUUGGAAUGGUUGGCAGACUUGCUCCAGAUGCAAUAAAGACAUUGCAGUGAA